ACAAAGUGAGAAUGUCAGAGUAGCCUACUGUGUAGAAAGAUGAGACUGAUAGGUUCUGGAUUUGUGACGACCCUCAGUAGCUUUUUCUUCUAUCAUCGUCAGAAAACAGAAGUGAAAAUUUGACCAUGGAACGAUCUACGUCACGCGUGUCUGGAUUCUCAGUAAACAUGCAGUGAUUUAUGGUGGAUGUGUCAACACCUACUAAAACACUUAUCGACUGCGCUCGUUCCCACGAGCAAUGCUCUCCUAAUAUGUAAUCCAUUCAUUCCUCGUAGUGACAGCACCUGUUAAAGGAGCUUAAAUGCUAUCAGCCCCUACUUCUCUUUGAAAUUCUGCAGGAGAGCGGGCAAACCAGACGCGCUCAGUUUCUCUCAGUCUUCUUUCGGUGGCACAGCAGUGAGAGAGCCUGAGGUCCAGGCCAGAGGAAGGAUUUGAUCCGCAGCCAGAGACAUUCCUCUCAUUGCUUCACAACAGAUCGCAACGAUGGGGAAAAGCUGUAAAGUCAGCAAGCUGAGCCUUAUGUGUAUUUUUUUAGUCUUGGUCUCCGUGGCAGCCAUUGUGUUGUGGAUUGUUGUUAUCGUAGGGGACAGCAAAGAAGUCACAGCUGCUUGGGACAGAUAUCGUCUUCCGAAAACGUUGGUACCCGAGUUCUACAACGUCACUCUGUGGCCUCGCCUCCAGCCGGAUCCAGACUCUGGCCUGUACAUUUUCAAAGGAUGGUCUACUGUGCAGUUUGUGUGUCUUGAAGCAACAAAUGUAAUCCUGAUUCACUCCAACAAACUGAACUACACCAAGAUGGACGACACACAGCUAGCCAGGCUCACUGCUGCAGGAGGCGGGUCUGCCCCAAGCAUCAAGUCGACAUGGCUGCAGUUUCAAACACAGUAUCUGGUCAUUCAACUGAAAAGCAAACUUGUUUCAGGACAGAGUUACCAGCUGCACACUAGGUUUACUGGGGAGCUGGCUGAUGACUUAGUAGGAUUUUACAGAAGUGAAUAUGAAGAAGAUGGGGUUAAAAGGAUUAUCGCCAUCUCUCAGAUGCAUCCAACUCAUUCCCGAAAGACGUUUCCUUGUUUCGAUGAACCAGCAAUGAAAGCUGUUUUCCACUUAACCCUCAUCCAUCCUCCAGGGACCGUUGCUCUGUCCAAUGGCUUGGAAGCAGAUAUUCUCCCCACCACUCAUGAUGGAGAAGCUGUGACACAGACAAGGUUUGAGCCUACAGAAAAGAUGUCCACCUACCUGCUGGCCAUCGUAGUCUCAAAUUUCACAUAUCUGCACACUAUGCAAGGAGAAACCCUGGUUCGUAUCUGGGCACGCAGAAAAACCAUCGAACAAGGACAGGGGGAUUAUGCUCUGAACCUCACCGGACCAAUCCUGGAUUUCCUCCAGUCUUAUUACAACAUCCCGUAUCCUCUGAGCAAGUCAGACCAGGUUGCCUUGCCGGACUUUUAUUAUGGUGCCAUGGAGAAUUGGGGUCUGGUGACAUACAGAGAAACCAGGCUUCUCUACGAUCCUGAGACCUCCUCCAAUGGGAAUAAAGAAACCACUGCCACCAUCAUUGCUCAUGAACUGGCACAUAUGUGGUUUGGUAACCUGGUGACGCUGCAUUGGUGGAAUGAGGUCUGGCUUAACGAGGGUUUUGCUUCAUACGUGUCCUACCUUGGAGCUGACCACGCCGAGCCUGACUGGAACGUGAAAGACUUGAUUGUACUAGAUGAUGUUCACAAAGCGUUUGCAGUGGAUGCGUUGACGUCCUCUCAUCCUCUCACCUCCGAAGAGGACAGCAUUGUCCUGCCUGAACAGAUUCUCGAACAGUUCGACACCAUUUCCUACAGCAAAGGAGCUUCAGUGCUAAGGAUGCUGUCAGACUUCCUGUCAGAGCCCGUCUUCAAAGAAGGCCUCAGUAGUUACCUCAGACAAUUUUCCUACAGCAACACCAUCGGGAGCGACUUGUGGAAACAUCUGCAGAUGGCGGUGAAAGACAACAACAUUUCACUUCCCUGUCAAGUCGACUCCAUCAUGGACCGCUGGGUGCUCCAGAUGGGCUUUCCUGUAGUCACCAUAGAUACGACUACUGGAAGAGUCUCCCAGAAGCACUUUCUGCUGGAUCCAGAGAACGACGUCACAAUCAAAUCUCCUUACAAGUAUGAGUGGUUUAUUCCAGUGCGCUGGAUGAAGAAUGGAGAUGUGAGUGGAGACAUCUGGUGGCUGAUGGAGAAAGAAGCUGUGAACUUGGACAUGAGGAGUGGCUCUUCCUGGGUUUUGGCUAAUAUCAAUGUAACGGGUUAUUAUCGGGUUAACUAUGAUCUAGGAAACUGGGAGCGGCUGCUGGCUCAGCUCAGCUCAGACCACCAGGUCAUACCUGUGAUCAACAGAGCGCAGCUGCUGGACGAUGCCUUCAACUUGGCCAGAGCUCAGCUGGUCUCCACAACCCUCGCACUGAGGAGCACCUCCUACCUGUCCCAGGACACCGAGUUCAUGCCCUGGCAGUUCGCUCUGGACAAUCUGCACUAUUACAACCUCAUGCUGGACGGCACUGAAGUCUACCAGCCCAUGCAGGAAUACAUCAAGAAACAGGUGACGCCCCUUUUUCUGCACUACAAAAACAUGACCUCAAACUGGACCCAUGUUCCCGAGAAGCACACGGAUCAGUAUAACCAGGUCAAUGCAGUCCAAACAGCCUGUGAAACAGGACUCGUAGAGUGCCAAGACCUAAGCAGAAAGUGGUUUGAACAGUGGAUGGACAGUCCCCAGCACAAUCCCAUCCACCCGAACCUGCGCUCGGCUGUGUACUGCAGCGCCAUGGCUGCAGGCGAUGAGAGUGAGUGGCAAUUUGCAUGGUCGCAGUUUAAAGGGGCAUCUGUGGCAAGUGAGGCCAGCAAGCUCAUGUCAGCCCUGGCCUGUACCAACAACAUAGAACUACUGAGGAUGUAUCUCUCCUACACCUUAGAUCCCGCUAUGAUCCGUAAGCAGGACGCCACUGCUGUCAUCACAUCUGUCGCCAGUAACAGAGCAGGUCAAAAUCUGGCGUGGGACUUUGUGCGUGACCACUGGAACUACAUGUUCACGCAAUAUGGGGUGGGCUCCUUCUCGUUUGCCUCCAUAAUUUCAGGUGUCACAUCAAGGUUUUCCACCCCUGCUGAGCUUCAGCAGCUCGAAGACUUUGUGGCAAAACAUGAAGCUGCAGGGUUCGGCUCAGCGUCUCUGGCUGUGGAUCAGGCCCUGGAGAGGACAAAGGCCAACAUCAAGUGGGUACAACAGAACAAACAGGAGGUCUUGGAUUGGUUUAACAGCCAGACUGGACAUCAGAAGAACUGAAACAAGGAGAAUGCUGAGAGUUGGUGUAAACAACGUCUGCACAAGAAGAUGUGACUUCAGAAUCAAAGAAUGACUGAUUAUGUGGUCACGAUUGGACAAAGAUUGAUUAAAACACAGCAGUCCCACCAAACAGC